AUAAAAGCGUUCCGUAGACGGAGAUUGCUUCUAGUAUUUCCUGGCGCCAUGUCUUCGGCAUUCGUCCUAACUUUCUUCUCUCUUCUGAUAUGCGUCGAUCUCUCGGCAGUACAAGACGAGAAAAGAAUAUUCGGAGGAAGAUUCGCCAAUCCGGGAGAAUUUCCUUGGAUGGUAUUCAUCAGAUUGACCGAUGAACUGAAUUGUAGCGGGUUCCUGAUUUCUCCGUCCUACGUGUUGACUGCGGCUCAUUGCAUGAUCAGGCCGUUGGAAGAGAUGUGGGCAAAAAUAGGAACGGUGGAUCGAGAAGAGGGCCAAGAAUAUCGAUUUCGAUCGUCCCGGGUGCAUCCGGAUUACAGUAACCUGACCUACCACGGGGACAUCGCUCUCCUGAAGUUAACUUCUCCCGUAGUCUUCGACCGAAACAUCGAUAGGAUCUGCUUGGCUAACGAUCGAAACUACUAUCGAGGGAAUACUCCCGUAUUGCAGAUGGGAUGGGGAAGAUUCUCUAACGAAACCGCGGAAGUAACCAGAAUUCUGAAAGUGACCGAAGAAGGAUAUAUUUUCGAUCACGGAGAUUGCUCGGACAUGUUCGCUUUUUUCAAUUAUACCUUAUGGGACGGAACCGUCUGUAUUAAAAAUUCCGGAAGCGAAGGAGUGUGCGAAGGCGAUUCGGGAGGACCUUUGGUAACGAGAAACGGCAACUCGUACACGGCCAUCGGGUUGGAGUCGAUAGGAUUUUACGAGAACUGCACGGUGGAUAACAGUUUCGCGGAAGUAUUCACCGAUCUGUUGUAUCAUCGUCAGUGGAUCGUCGACAACGUAGACGAAACCAUUUGUCAACAAUGACCGUUCUUCUCGAUCAUCGGCACUAAAUAAAUUUCCCGAAAGAUAUUUCUGGUAAAAAAUCCUACAGUGGAAAUGGCAUAAAGAAUAAAUAAUUCAUAACCUCCUUCA